AUGGAAAUUGCCUUACAGGAACAAAGUAAAGGAAUACUUUACGAAGGGUAUACUAAAGCAUUUCGACAAUGCAUCUUUGAAGAAGGAGAUGUGGUCGGAAAAAAUGAACGUUAUGAAUUUCGAUGUGAUUAUGAUCUCGAAUGUUGUGGACGUACAUGUUGUAUUCCAGAAGCAACUACAAUUCCACUAUGGCUCAUGAUCAUUUUUAUAAUUUUGGCGGCUGUAUUGCUAUUAGCUAUACUUGGAACUCUUCUUUGGCUAUUAGCAAAGCGACGGAAACAAAAACCAAAGAAAGCAGGCUUUCUGAGCGAUGCAUCGAACGCGUCAAAAGGCGGCUACACAGCACUUCAUUCACAACGACAUGGUGGAGGACGACGAGAUUCGGAUGAUCGUGGAAUACUCGUACACGAACAGGAAACCUACAGUACACCAGAUCAUCUAUACGGUGGUUAUGGUAGCCGAUCAUAUAGUCAUAGCGAUAGCCAUCGUGGAUAUCCACCACGUCGUGAUGAUGGCUAUAGAAAUGGCAUGUACAGUGGAGAUAGUGGUGUUGGCGGUGGUGGUGGUGGUGGCGGCGGCGGUGGUGGCGGUGGUGGUGGCGUAACGCGGGAAAUCGCGAUUCGUGACGCUCGACGCGAUUUCUCACGCCCGUACGGAGAUCGGGUGCGCGAUAUCGGCGGUUCCCGUGCUACAGUGUCCAGCGAUGGAGGUUCUAUGAUCCGUCAUGGUGUACACGAAACUGUUGAGGAGAGUUUUAAGCAGGAGAUCACCUACGAGAGGCCGGCAUCAACCGACUCUCGAGAAAUGUUAUAA